AUGGCGAGCCCCGCACGCCCGCGGCAGGAGCUGGCGGCCGAGGAGCGGCGGCUCCGCGGCGCGGCCCCGACGGUGCCCCGCGACGGCAAGCGGGAGGCGGCGGGGGAGCGGCUGGUGCUGCUGGAGCUGCGCCGCUGCGGGCGGCCGCCGUCCCCCGGCCCCGGCCAGCGGCAGGAGGAGGGGGAGGAGGAGGAAGACGAGGGGGAGGCGGCGGCGGGCGAAGAUUGCUGCGGCAAGUGCAAGAAGCGGGUGCAGUUCGCCGACUCGCUGGGGCUGAGCCUCGCCAGCGUCAAGCACUUCAGCGACGCCGAGGAGCCGCAGGUGCCGCCCGCCGCGCUGUCGCACCUGCAGAGCCCGCCCGGCGAGGAGCGGGACCCGCCGCCGCCCGGCGCCGACCCGCCGCCGCCCGCGCUGCUCCUGGUGCCCGACUUCCCCGACGGCGGCGAGCCCAGCGCCGAGCGGCUGCGGCGGCAGCACGUCUGCCUGGAGCGCCUGGGGCGGCCCGCGGCGCCCACCGACGUGCGGGGCACGGUGCGAGUGCUGGGCGGCCCCGGGCCCAGGGAGGUGACGGUGCGCUACACCUUCAACGAGUGGCUCUCCUUCGUGGACGUGCCGGCCGCGCCGCUGCCCCCCGAGCCGCCGGCCGAGCGCUACGGCUUCACCCUGUGCGUCCCGCCGAGCCUGCGGGAGGGCUCGGCCCUGCACUUCGCCAUCCGCUACCGCAGCCCGCAGGGAGAGUUCUGGGACAACAACGGAGGCCGCAACUACACGCUGCGCUGCUGCGGCUGCCCCGGGGGCGGCCCCGCCGCCGCCCCGCCGGGCCCCGCCGCACCCCGCUACUGA